CGCAGUAAUCGGAUCUGUGGGUGGUUCUUCCUCUGCUCUGCCGGCUGUUGCUUCAGUCAUACUUUCACAAAAAACCAGGGCGUUGUAAUAAAGGAUCAAAUUGAUGCCAUCACAUUUGUUUACACCAUCCAGACGUGCGCGCUCACUUUUAAUAAAUAGUUUUAUAUAGAAAAGUUAAAGAUGGAUUUUAACGUGAAAAGACUGGCAGCGGACGCUGGUACUUUAUUCAGCCGGGCAGUGCAAUUCACAGAAGAAAAAUUCGGCCAGGCUGAGAAGACGGAGUUGGAUGCACAUUUGGACAAUCUCCUCACCAGAGCUGAAAGCUCUAAACACUGGACAGAGAAGAUUUUGAAGCAGACGGAAGUGUUACUGCAACCAAACCCAAAUGUCAGAAUAGAAGAGUUCUUGUAUGAAAAACUGGACAAAAAGGUGCCAACACGGAUGAACAACCAUGAGCUUCUGGGUCAGUCCAUGAUAGACUCUGGGAAUGAAUUUGGGCCUGGAACGGCCUACGGAAACGCUCUGAUAAAGUGCGGCGAGACGGAGAAGCAGAUCGGAGGAGCGGAGCGAGAGUUCAUUCAGAGCUCUGCUAUCAAUUUCCUCACGCCUUUCCGCAACUUUUUAGAAGGAGAUUUCAAGACUAUAUUGAAAGAGCGCAAACUGCUUCAAAACAAACGACUGGACCUUGAUGCUGCAAAGACCAAGCUAAAGAAAGCCAAAAUGGCUGAUGCCAGAGCUCUGAUGUGGGCAGAGGAAGUGACGAAGGCCGAGCAGGACCUGAAGUUGACACAGAGUGAGUUUGACAGACAGGCAGAGAUCACCAGGCUUCUUCUGGAAGGAAUCAGCAGUACGCAUGCCCAUCAUCUCCACUGUCUUAAUGAUUUUGUGGAGGCUCAGAUGACAUAUUACGCCCAGUGUUACCAGUACAUGGUCGACCUCCAAAAGCAGUUGGGAAGCUUCCCUUCGGCUUUCUCUUCCAACAACAACCAGUCAACAGCCAGCGCCGCAGCCAGCGUAUCUGUACCCAUCCUGCCGCUCUCAGCCCCUCUUCCUGCCACCACAACCAAUGCGUCUUCAGGUUUCACCGAGCUGCAAAACUUCAGCGGGAGCCGUAAAGCGCGGGUGCUCUAUGAUUACGAUGCCGCAGGCAGCAAUGAGCUCUCCUUAUUGGCCGAUGAGGUGAUCAUGGUGAGCAGCGUUCCAGGCAUGGACUCUGAUUGGCUGAUGGGUGAACGUGGAAAUCAGAAGGGAAAAGUGCCCAUUACUUAUUUGGAGCUACUAAAUUAAGAAAAAAAAAAAAGAAGUGUUGUUGGAAACAGAAACGUAUAGUGUAUUCCAGCUGUGCUGCGUACCGUAUAUGCAACCUUGACAUCUCGUGCUGCUUACAUGCAACAGUAUUUUAUUGGAUGUGACAUCUGGCAGUCCCAGAAUGGGAAGAGGUUCUAACCGGACAAGUGUUUACAAAUGAAUUAAUGCAGAAUAUUUUUUUUUAUGCUUUUGAUGUGACAUGCCUAUAUAUUAUACAAAAAAAAAAAACAAGCAAGAGUGUCUUAGAGUAUUUACAUGUGUUUACAACAAGAAAGUGUUAGUCAAGUCAAGUCACCUUUAUUUAUAUAGCGCUUUAUACAAUACAGAUUGUCAAAGCAGCUUUACAGU